UCGGUGUCGCCGUCGCACGCAGGUUGUUCGUUAUUGUACGUUGGAGAUGUUGUUCUCGCGGUGAGGUCGUGCCGUGUGCGUCUCUCUCGUUUUUCUCCGCUUGCAGAAUUCACGCGGAGAACACGCGGUUCACCAGACAUUCUAGGACGGAAGAGGGAUGGCGUCCGACGACGUCGAGACGCAAGAAGCGCGAGAGACGGAGGAGACGGCCGAGGAGGACCUAAGGAUCUUCGAGACGCUCCGUAUCUCCUCGCCUCGGAAGGUGGACCCAGAUGACGCUAUGACUCACGAUUUAAUGACCACUUUGAGGAGCGAGCUGGCGGCUCUUGAAUAUAAACGGGACAGGCUUAUGUCUGAGCUACAGGAAAUGAAAAGCACCGUGAGAUCGCGGGACCAGCGGGUUGUGGAGUUACAAGUAGAGGCGGAUCAGCUUCGCGAGCAAGCAGCCAGGCAGAAUGCCGUCAUCUCCAGUCUCAAGAAACGCAUUCAGGAAUUGGAAGAGAGGGAAAGAAACCUCUAUGCGUCCCAGGGCAGAAAUGAGAUCACGAUACAGGGUCUGCAACGUGACGUGAAGUAUCACGAGGAAAAGGUCCGAGAGUACGACAAAAAAAUGCGACAAUUGGAGCUCAAUAUAUCCGAGGAAAUUCAAUUGAAGGAACGGGCACGUCUAAAUCUGCAGGAUUUCGUGCGAAGGUUGGCACACGCAUUAAACGUUGAGUACUGCGAGACGGUGCAUCACAGUCCGGAGAUGGUGAUUCAUAAAGCCGAGGAACUCGUGCAAGAAGUGAAUCGUUUGCGAACAAAGAGCACAAAUGUCGAGACGCAGUUGACGGGCGUCGAAGUAGAUUUUAGAACCUGCAGGGACGCUCUUGAUCGUUCUAUUACGGAAAAGGAGCAAUUACAGAGACAAGUGUCAGUUCAGUUAGUCGACAUAGAUCGUUUGCGCCAGGAAAAGGAAUGUCUGGAAAUGCAAUAUAGGAUCGCUGAGAAGGACAUGAAUGAUCUGAGAGACAAACUCGUCAAUGCGAAUAGGAGCUUAACCAGCGCGACUGGGAAUAUAUCCAAUCAAGAGGCGUUGAUCUGUCAAUUACGAGAGGAUCUGAAAGUUCGCGAAGAGAAGACGCAACGUGUACAAAAUGAAUUCCGUCACCUUCUAGAAUCGGUUGCGAUUCUUAUCAGUACACCAAGUCGAUUCGUCGAGUCUCACGAAAAUGCGAUCAAAGAUCGCAUUCGAGAAAUUCUAGCUGACAAUAAGGAUCAAUUACUGAAAAUACAAAGUCUUCGAGAAAAAGUGAACACGGCGACAGAGUCAACGAAUCGACAGAGUGAACUGGUCGAAUCCACAAUGAUGAAGGUACGCAGUUUAGAGGAGGAACGCGCAGCUCAAGAAGCUAAAAUACACAAACUCGAAUCUGAACUUACGAGCAGCGAUCUCUCCAGAGAGUCUUUACGCAGAGACAAGCAGACGUUCAUGACCUUUCUGGAUCGAUUGGGUAAGGCGAUGCAAAUGGAUGAGAUUUCUCAGGAGAUCGGACUCGAUCUUCAAACUGAGUCAUUGUUGGUACGAGCUGAGCAAUUAGCCAGAUUGGAGACCGACAAACUAGUCGACAAGUAUUUGUACUCCAGCUACACGAUCUUACCGAGGAUUCGACGCGAGCGAUCAUUCCACGAGCUUCCCUGUCUCAAAGAAACAUCAGUUGUUUAUCAGUUGCAACGUCGCGUUCGAACCUUACGGGAGCAACUGCAGCGCAGGGACCUGCAUUUGGACCUUCUACGUAGAAAGCUAUCUCUACAAGAGGACAGUGUGAGGAUGAAGUCGCUAUUGCAGAGCGAGCGAGACGAGGCGAAUAUACGCGCAAAGAAACUGGGCAAACAAGUCGAUCGACUUCAGAUCCAAUUGUCGGACGAAAAAUCUCGGAAUCGGGAAUUGAGCGCACAACUGACGGAAGCCGCGGAUUAUAAGAUAGCUGCGCUGGAACGCAGCCGGAAGAUAGAGGAGCUUCAAAAACGUCUCGUCGAGAGCGAGAUGUUAAGGACACGUUACAACAGAAAGUUGACGAUGGCGAAGGAACAGAUGAGGACGGCUGCGGAGACAGCCGAUCAGGAGAGAUCGAUAAACGACCAUUCCCUACAGCUCCUCCGCGACGAGAUGGCUCAGGUCAAGCAAAAUCUCUCUGAGGUCACGAGGCGAGAAUCCCAGCUUCAGAGCUUCCGCGUCUCCGUGGCGAAGUUAUUGUCAGAGCCAAUCUGCACGCCCGAUUACGAGAUCAUUUCGCGACUACAGAAAAUGGUCGCGGCUCAUCGAGACUUUACGAUGCUCUCCCGUAGAUACGACGAGCCUUUGGAAACGAGUCCUUCGAGAUGCACCAGCAUUCAUCCAGUCCAUCCGCCGAGAUCGCCCGGUUCACGUUGUACCCGUUACGAGGACAGCGGUUUCGCGGACCCACCUGAUCUCCACGACAUAGACGAUGAUUAUAACAAAAGGCCAGUGAGAAGCAGCCUUCUUCCGUGAC